UACAAACGUUCAAGUCACAAUGACAUUUUCUUGCACUCUUGAACUCUGUCUUGGGCCAUGCAAUGACGCAACGUGUGGACCAAGGCGGAAGCGUGAUACAGACCUUAAGACGAAAUCUCGCGAAAAACGAGCUGUUGAAGAACUACUGGGACACUCGUACAUUGGAAACAGAUACACUGUAUCAAGACUGACAACUAUCAUUAAAACCUCAGAUCCAAAUAAAGCUUGUGUACAUUUCGCCAUUAUUUUCCUCUUGUUUCCAACAUUGACCAUUGUUGCAGUGAGUUUGGUGACUUAUUCCUUAAUUCUUUAUAGAAGUUACAGACAGCAGGUUAUUUUGCAGUCCGAAAUUCUCAAUAGUCGUACUGCCUCAAACGUCAGCAUGGGACCAAAGAUAGAAGAUACUGCCAUAUGAC